CAAAUAAUAUGUUUUUAGAAGUUGCUUUACAAGUUAAAAAUAGAAUACCUAUUAUUCAAGAAUCUAAUAAUGAUGAUACUGGGUUAAUUGAUCAACUGAAUGAUAAUCAGAUUGAUCAAUAA